AUGGGAAUUCCGAAAACUAUUGCACUGGAGACCGAGCCUGGUGACUCCUGUUGUAGUAAAGCAAGCACUAGCAAGAGCGCAUUUUCGGGCAUCAAACUAUACACUAACUCACCCCGCUUCGUUGGAAACCGAUAUGUUCACCUAACAAACUACUCCAUCAACCGUCAAAAUGUGGAUUACAUCUCUAACGCGAGCGAUGAAACCUGUACAGGUCACAAAUGGAGUUUGCGAGCAUUCUGGGCCUAUUUGCGGUCACACGGUGUAAAACCUGAACCCGUGUGGAGCUCCAUCAAGGAUGUAAUUGCUAAGACCUGCAUCGCCAUAGAGCCGCAUUUGAAGAAUGCUGUAGACACCUACUGCAAGUCGCCGUACAGCGUUCAAGAGCUCUUCGGUUUCGACAUCUUUCUUGAUGCAAACUUAAAACCAUGGGUUCUUGAAGUCAAUGUGUCACCCAGCAUGCACAUAGAUUCACCGCUCGAUUCAAAAGUGAAAGGCACAAUGAUCAAGGAUAUGCUCAACUUGACUGGAUUUAACUUGCCCUCACCAAAAGAUAUUUUGAACGGAAACACCAAAAAAUCCCCCAUGCUGCCAUCUGGAACCCCGCGACUACCACCGUACCAGCACUUGAACAUCAACCCAGACUCCGACGAUGUUCAUCUCAUUUCUCAGCAGACCAUCUCUCCUAUCUCCAGCGAUACUCCUCCCAUUAAAAAUGGUAAAUAA